UCUAAACGCUCAGAAUUCCCAUUGAUAUAACUACCAAGUGCUGUACAACUUGCUUGUCCUGCAAUAGCUGAGCAAAAACGCAUCCAGUGAGGGAAGAUGACUACCACGCCGAUGCUGAACUCCCCCGUGGAGGCUGGUGCCACGACACCUGUCGGUGGGCAGAAACCGGAGGUCCACGAAAAUGUCCACCUCAAGAAGCAGCUGGGGCUCCUCGAGGGAGUCGCCAUCAUCCUGGGAAUCAUUUUUGGUUCGGGGAUAUUCAUCUCCCCAAAGGGUGUGAUCCAGGACAUGGGCUCUGUUGGCGGCUCGCUGAUCGUCUGGACCCUGUGUGGUCUCCUGUCAAUGAUCGGAACUCUCUGCUACGCAGAACUCGGGACAUCUAUCCCCAAGUCUGGUGGCGAUUAUGCUUAUAUUCACGAAGCAUUUGGCCCACUGCCGGCGUUCUUGUAUCUCUGGGAUGCGAUUUUAAUUUUUGUGCCUACAACAAAUGCCAUCAUGGGUCUGACAUUUGCAAGUUACGCCAUUCAGCCAUUUUUCCCAAACUGCUCAGUACCUGAUGCUGCAGUUAGAAUGAUUGCAGCUGUCACCAUAUGUUUCCUGACGUUCAUGAACUGUUACGAUGUCCGCAAGACUAGUCGAAUGCAAAACCUGUUUAUGUUCACUAACAUUUUGGCACUAGUACUUAUUAUCAUUGCAGGGUUGGCCUAUCUUUUUAUGGGCAACACUGAAAAUUUCAAUAAUCCCUUUGAAGGUUCCCACUCGGAUCCGGGCAGGAUUGCUGUGUCCAUUUAUUCUGGUAUAUUUUCCUACUCUGGAUGGAAUUACUUAAACUUCAUGACUGAAGAGCUGAAGAAUCCUUAUGUUAAUUACAUAUCCAUCCCACUGGUGACGUUCAUUUAUGUGCUCGCCAAUGUGGCGUACCUCGCAGUCCUCACUCCGAUAGCGAUGAUCUCUUCCGACGUCAUUGCCGUCACAUUUGCGGACAAAGUCCUGGGACCGAUGUCGUGGAGCAUGGCCCUGCUGGUUGCGCUCUCUGCAUUCGGGGGCCUCAUCGUCCACAUCAUGACGUCCUCCAGGAUGUGCUUUGUCGGUGCCCGAUACGGACACUUCCCGGCCAUGCUGUCUCACAUCAAUGUCCAGCGCCUCACCCCGAUCCCUUCUCUAGUCUUCCUGAAUCUACUUUCGCUCAUCAUGCUGUGCACGAGUGAUGUUCACGUACUUAUAACGUACUCGAGCUUCGUCGAGUCGUUCUUCAUCAUGUUAUCGGUUGCUGGAAUACUGUGGUUGCGCUGGAAGAGGCCCGAAAUGGACAGACCAAUUAAGGUGGCGUUAUGGAUACCCAUAACUUUUGUGCUGAUAUGCGCUUUCCUCGUCUUGGUGCUAUUCUACGAGCGCCCGUACGAGGUCGGUAUGGGCGUGUUGAUAACCGUGACGGGUGUGCCAGUGUACUACAUGGGGGUGGUAAGGCGGCAAGGCGAUAGGCGAUAG